UGCAGUGCCUGAACGUGCAUUUCGGGGCUGUGUACUCAUCAAAAUAAGCCAAAAAUAUUUUGUGAAAAAGUGUAAAAAUCAAAUAGAAUAAACAUCAGUUUGAAUGUGAAAUGAACUUGUUGCCUUUUACGCGAGUAAAAAGUGAUUGCUGACCUAAUUGUAUUCCAGAAGCCCAGUGCCACGGUAAUAGCCGUUCAAAUUCGAAUCCAAGAAAAUGUUUCGGAAGUUCUUAGAAUUCACAAACCGAUACAAAAUUGUACGCGGCAUGCUCUCUUAUGGAACGCUAUGGCCUUGCGGUUGUCUUAUCGAACAAACCAUAAUCGAAAAACGGUCAUUCCGAAAUUACGACUGGAUGAAAUGUCUCAAGUUCAGUUUAUUCGGUGGCCUUUUCAUGGGACCCACAAUUUAUAUGUGGAUACGGCURGCCGGCGUCAUGUGGCCUCGCACAGACAUUAAGUCAUCACUUUGCAAAGCCAUUACUGAGCAGGCGGCCUAUGAUCCGUUUGCGAUAAGCACGUUUCUCUUUGUUAUGAGCCUUCUGGAUGGCCGCACGUACGAACAAGCCAAGCAGGAGGUGAGUGACAAAUUCUUCGAGGCCUAUCGUGUGGGCGUAAUUUAUUGGCCCUGUGUGCAAACAGUGAACUUUGCCUUUAUACCGCCUCGCAAUCAGGUUGUCUUCACGUCUUUCUUUAGCAUGUGCUGGACGACGUUUCUGACAUAUAUUAAGUAUUUGCAAGGACAAGCCAUAGAAUUUGAGCACCCGGAUAUUCACAUUCACUUCACACAUUAGCUUAGCAAAAWAGUGGAAAUUUUAGCUGUUAGCUUACAAUAAAAUAAAGUUGAAAUAUUUAUUCUCCUGCUUGGA